UCACUCGUUCUUCAUUUCUUCUCUCUUUUUUCCCUCUCCCAUGGCGGAUUCCUCUCAGUUUCAGAGCUCCGCGUAGCUCCGUCAAUGCGUUUCAAUGGCGAACAGGGCCGAUAGAUACACUGUAUUAAUGUUAUACAAUUGAAGAAAUACAGUAAACAGCUCAAAUGCGGGUCAAGGAGAUGCACCCUCUCUGCUGUAUCUCUCUGGAGAAUUUCAGCGGCGGAAUCGGUGACCAGUCGCCGGAGGAAGCCUCGUCAUUGUCCCGGAGUAGAAGCUUGCCGGUGAGCUUUCCGGCAUUUUCGAAUACUAGCACUCAGCAGAUUUCUAGAUCUGUUGAUAGAGUGGCUGGAGUUCUUUACAAAUGGACUAAUUACGGUAAGGGAUGGAGAUCGAGAUGGUUCGUGUUGCGAGAUGGUGUGUUGUCGUACUCCAAAAUCAGCCUUCUAUCACAGCCUAAUGACGAUGUUCAAUUGAUCGGAAAGAUUUCGACGAAUCGGCUUUCGAGAAGGAAGCGACAGAAAAGUGGGGGAAUCGUUCAUUUGAAGGUCUCAUCGUUCCGAGAAAGCAAAUCAGAUGACCGACGGUUUUAUAUAUUCACUGCAACAAAGACACUUCAUCUGAGAACUGAAUCAAAGAAAGACAGGGUGAUUUGGAUUCAAGCUUUAGCUUCUUCCAGAAGCUUAUUUCCGUUGAGAAUUUUGAAUGAUAAUCUUCCCUUUGUACCAAAUGAUUUAUCCGUUUCCACUCAGAAACUCGAGAAGCGUUUACUUGAAGAGGGAAUCAGUGAUGCAGUUGUUAAGGACUGCGAACAAAUCAUCCUCUCCGAGUUCUCAGAAAUGCAGGGACAGCUGAAAGUACUUUUGGAACAAAGAUCUUGUUUAAUUGAUACCUUGAGGGAAUUUGAGGCAGCUAAUAUAGAAAUUGAAGCUAAUGGAAUUCACAAUGGUGAGUACCAGUUGAUGAAACAUGAUUUUUCCACCGAAUGCAGUGGAAAAUACAGUGAAUGUGCUACUACCGAGUCUUCGGAUGAUGUUGAGAAACAAGAUCUUGACGAUGGAUCUGAUGUGGAUGAAAGUUUCUUUUAUGACACAAACGAAUCUUUUACAGAAUUCACUCUUGGCUAUGGAUCAGUAAAAGGGGCUUUUGAUUCCUCCGAUACACUUAAGGUUCGUGAUAGUCGACAGGACAAUGCAGAGAAGAUGCACGACGAACAGAUUGAAAAUUUUGUGCAUUCUAAUGUUCAGAGAAGAAAAAAGCUUCCAGAUCCCGUGGAGAAAGAGAAACGAGUCAGUCUUUGGUCUAUGAUAAAAGACAAUGUUGGAAAGGAUCUUGCACGAGUUUGUCUCCCAGUUUAUUUCAAUGAGCCCAUAUCAUCCCUUCAGAAAUGUUGUGAGGAUAUGGAAUAUUCUCAUCUUUUAGACCAAGCAUAUGAACAUGGAAUACAGGGGAACAAUCUCCUCCGAGUCCUCAAGGUUGCUUCAUUUGCUGUUUCUGGUUAUGCUUCCUCUGAAGGACGACAUUGUAAGCCAUUCAACCCUUUGCUAGGGGAAACUUAUGAAGCUGACUUCCCUGAGAAAGGGAUUCGCUUCUUCUCGGAGAAGGUCAGUCACCACCCAACCGUCAUUGCGUGCCACUGUGUAGGUAGAGGAUGGAAAUUCUGGGGGGAGAGUAAUCUCCGAUCAAAAUUUUGGGGUCGUUCGAUUCAGCUUGACCCUGUUGGAGUUUUGAACCUGGAAUUUGAUGAUGGAGAAAGAUUUCAGUGGAGCAAGGUGACAACAAAUAUUUAUAAUCUCAUUCUUGGAAAAGUAUAUUGUGACCACCAUGGUACGAUGCACAUACGUGGUAAUAGAGAAUAUUCUUGCACACUUAAGUUCAAAGAGCCUUCAAUUCUAGAUCGAAAUCCUCAUCAGGUUCAUGGAUUUAUUGAAGAUGGUAAUGGUCGAAAGGUUGCCACACUAUUUGGCAAAUGGGAUGAAGGUAUGUAUUACGUCGAAGGUGAAAGCAAUGGAAACCCGAAUCGCAGUAGUUCAAGUGAUGUCUCAAUGCUGUGGAAAAGCGAAAAACCUCCUCCUAAUCUCACUCGUUACAAUUUAACUUCGUUUGCCAUCACUCUUAACGAACUAACAGCGGACCUGAAGGAAAGGCUUCCACCCACGGAUUCAAGACUUAGACCAGACCAGCGACAUUUAGAAAACGGCGAAUACGAAAAGGCAAAUGCAGAGAAACAACGCUUGGAGAGACGGCAACGAAUUUCAAGGAAGUUGCAAGACAAUGGUUGGAAACCCAGAUGGUUCCAUAGAGAGGGUGAAGACACAGACGAGGCAUACAAAUACAUGGGUGGCUACUGGGAAGCACGAAAAGAAAGAAAGUGGGAUGGUUGUCUAGAUGUUUUUGGCGAAUUGAACGAGAACUUGGUCGGUGAUUCGGGAUCAUGAUUUUAGUCAGAUAAUGCAGCAGUAGCUCGAAAACGUUGUAGAAACAGCGACGGAUACCAGUAGCCUGCCUUUCUUCUUCAGCUCCAUUCUUUUUCAGUAUACCUCUCAAAGGUUGAUAAGAACGGGUGAUUCUUUGAGCGCUUAGGUAGAGAAUUCUUCCUUCAGUUAUACGGUGGCUUAGGUCAAAAUCUUAUGACUCAUCUUCAUUGUCAUCCCUCUCUCUAUCUUCCCUGCUUCUUUUUGAGCUAUUGUUUAGUUUUAUGAGGUUUGCAUUGGGGGAGGGGAGAGUUUGUAAUUUUUCCUCUCAUUUCCAUCAUGUAAUGUUCGGCUUAAUAAACACUUACUUCAUAUAUAUAAUUUUUUGCUGC